AUGGCACUACGCAUACUCAAGGGCAUCUCGCCCUCUAUCGUCUUCCUCGUGGUGCUGCUGGUGCUGCUACCUACCAAGGCCAGCGCAUUCGGAGCUGGCAAUAUCGCUUCUAUAUCUACCGUCGAGGGCAAAAAUUGGCGCCAUGGCGAUAUCGAAGAUACCAUCAAGGCGCUCGCUUUCAUCAAGGGCCACAAAUGGACUUCGACCAUGAUCAAGCGUGUCUACUUUGGAAAUUGGCUGCGUGACUAUUCCCAGGCAAUGGAUGUAGGCACACUGAAGAACCUACAAGCUGAUACUAUCCGCGUUCUGGUCUGGGUCCUCUCGUUUAUGAGCUUUGGCUAUGCGACUGGAGAGUUUGAAGUUACUGCAGACCGACUGGGCGUGUACCGUCCUGAGGAGCAUAUCGAUAACCCCAAAGACUACGCAGACAACGAAGAUGCGAGACAGUUCGACAAGCGCCUUCGUCCCCCCGUGCGUCAGGUGGAACUCGACAUUGACCCUGAAACCGGCAUGAAAAACUACAUCGCGAAUGAACGGGGUGACUGGGCCACCAGUGCUGCGUACGUCAAGUACAGCAUGUCUCGAAGCAUCCACUACGGCCGUAUGUACACCAGCGGUGGUCACGGAAAGGGCAAAGAAGAAGAUCUGUGCGAAGCCCUGCGGUGUCUAGGGCAGGGCCUCCACACGCUGGAGGACUUUGGCGCUCACUCCAACUACUGCGAACUAACCAUGCGCGAAAUGGGUUACAACAAUGUUUUUCCUCACGUAGGCACGGCCACGCAGAUUACUCUCCAUGGUCGCCAUGUGUUCCCGUUGGUCACGGGCACUUUUGGUAUGGUGGAUUUCUUUCACUCUGUGCUUGGCGAGGCGAACGAUCACUUCACCCAGUCUGAGUUGAACGAGGCGGACAAUGCUCUCUUGAAUGCUGAAUCCAACUCGGGAUCAUCUCCGCUCAACGCACUGACAGGUCUUCUCGGAAACGUGCCUGGCACGAAGGAACUUGUGAUAGAAGCCGAAGAACUUAAACAGCGCUCAGAGCAACAGGCAGCGGCAAACCGCAGUCAGCAUGUCCACACUGGCUAUACUAAUUCUUCUCGCGGGUUUGAUGAGCCAGUGGCUGGAGGAUUCGACCAGUCUCGUGCAUACGGGCAAGACUAUGGCGCCCCUCAACACCAGCAACCACAAGGCGGAUAUGCUACCCAUCAGCAACCACCCACUGGCGGAGCCUCUGGAGGUUCGAACAUUCCUUCGGCUGUUUCAGACUUCGAUCCCCAAAAGACCGUGAACCAGAUCUAUCCCAUCUUGCAGUUCCGGGACAAGGUUGUUCGCCGCAUCAGCUCGAUCAUCGAAAAGAUCCCCGGUCUAGAAUCGCUUGUCGAGAAGAUCACCGAGACUGUCACGCUCUUUGUCUUCUCGCUUCUUGCCCCGUUCAUCCGGCCGCUUAUCAAUAUGGCCUCUAAAUCAAUGCAGACGGGGUCGAUGGGUGUCGUUGAAUCGUCGGGGAAGCAUCAGUACGAGGUGUGGACCGACCCGCACUGUAGCGAUCCCACGCACUCGAUGCUUUCCAAAGAUCACUUUGUCAACAUUCUCAACGCGCCGGCGGGUCAAGUUGCCUCUGCGAUUUUGAAGUAUGUGGUCCCGCGCGUGCUGUAUGCGUGGCAGCAUGUCGAUGUCCCCGUGGACCAGGUGUUGAACGACUGUCUACGUGUGUUCCACCAUCCGGCCACCAGAGACAUGAACAACGAGGCCCACCGGUCCAUGUUCGAGGCCGUCGACGCCUGGGUCAAGUCGAGAUCUGACCACGGACGCAACCUGAACGACGUGCUCAGCGCAGAGGGCGUCAGGGCCGGCAAGAACUUGAAAACAGACUCUUCUGGAGAAUCUCACGGUCCCCAUGGAGCUCACACCGGACACACUCACGGCGGCGGCGGCUUCCCUGCUGUUGGCGGCAGUCUCUACGGUGCCGGCCACAGCAGCCAGGGCCAUCAACAACAGCAACAGCAAUCCCACUCUUCUGGCGGAUUACCCUGGGAGCAAUUAGAAAAACUCCCCAUCCCUGGUAUUUCAAACGUGAGCAGCAUCGCCAAUAAGCUCGGCGGAUUUGGCAACCUGCUCUCCGGCGUCGGCGGUCUCAGUCGUGACCAACCAGAUGAACCACAAGAACAGCAGCACCACGGUCAAACCCAUGGUGGCUAUGAUCAGGGAGGAUACCAACAUCAAAGUCAUCAUCAGCAGUACCAGCAUGGCGCUCCACCUGCAGGUGACGGCUACGGCCACCAACCCCCUCCUCAUUCUCAAUAUGACCAGCAGCCACAGUAUGACUCUGGGUUCCAUCUGCCGCCGCCUUCGGGAUACGAACAGUACCAUGGUAGCUUCCACGAGCCGCGCGAUUAUCAGCCGCCAGAGCAAGGAUCGCAUAUGCAUGAGUAUCAUGAGGGAGGACAUGGUGGCGGCCACCAACAUCACCAUCAUAGCGAGCAUGGCCACGGACAUCACAGUCACCACCAUUAG